AUGGGCCUGAAAAGGCAGCGGCCCCCGGAGGCCAAGCAGCAGCGCGGCCCCGCGGAGGGGGCGCCGGCGCGGGGUGAGGGGCCCCCCGGCACCCGCAGCGUGUACUUCUCAGGCCCCGGGGGCCGCCCCGCUCGGCUGGGAACCGAAUUCUUCGACCAGCCUGCAGUCCCGCUGGCCCGGGCCCUUCUGGGGCAGGUCCUGGUCCGGCGACUCAGCGACGGCACGGAGCUCCGGGGCCGCGUGGUGGAGACCGAGGCGUACCUGGGGCCGGAGGACGCAGCCGCCCACUCACGGGGCGGCCGACAGACUGCCCGCAACCGUGGCAUGUUCAUGCAGCCGGGAACCCUGUACGUCUACCUCAUCUAUGGCCUCUACUUUUGCAUGAAUGUGUCCAGCCAAGGGGCCGGGGCCUGCGUCCUGCUGCGUGCGCUGGAGCCGCUGGAAGGCCAGGAGGCCAUGCGACAGCUGCGCAGUACCCUCCGGAGAGGCUCGGCUGGCCGCACACUCAAGGACCGUGAGCUCUGCAGCGGCCCCUCCAAGCUAUGCCAGGCCAUGGCCAUCGACAAGGGCUUCGACCAGCGCGACCUGGCCGCAGACGAGGCUGUGUGGCUGGAGCAGGGCCCCCCAGAGCCCGGGGAGCUGGCCGUGGUGGCAGCGCCCCGGGUGGGCAUUGGCCAGGCGGGGGAGUGGGCCCUGAAACCCCUGCGUUUCUACGUCCGGGGCAGCCCCUGGGUCAGCGUGGUAGACAGAGCAGCUGAGCAGAACGGACAAGCCUGAGCCAGGGCCCGGACAAGGCUUUUAAUCGUUCAGAACCAAAUAAAGGCUGCGUUGGAGAGGCAGCCUCUCGUGUCCCAGCCAGAGCCUGUCGUAAUCGGCAUGUGCCGCGGUCAGCUCCUUCCCCUGGACAGCGUCAGCAUGUCCACAGCAGAGUGCCCGGAGCCAGCCCAGAGUACCCCCCCAGGCUGAUGUGGGCCCGUGGGACAGACAUCCCAGGGGGGCUGAGACGCAGCCCAGGAAGAGUGGCGUGGCCCCAGGCAGUGGGCAAUAAGGGUGAAGGCCACAGGGCAGGGCAGCAGCUCAGGGGAGCAGGGCCUGGAAGACGGCGAUGACGGGGUCCUCGUGGGCAGCCACCACCAGCACGCUGCGGAACUUGUCGCACAGAGCGAGCAACUGGGAGCGCCGGGUGUUCUCGUUGUACAUGAUCUCCUCCAGGUGGUGGCGGCCGCGGAAGUAGUGCAGGAGCCUGCAGGCCAGGCAGCCCUGAGCCGCCGCCCGCCCCACACCUGGUCCCUAGGCCUGCGUCUGACCAGCGAGAACAGCGACCCCAACUGCUCAGGGCGUCCGCCGCAGGGCUGGGCCGGCAGCUCUGGCCUGGGGCUCGGACGGCUGACCCCCAGCAAGCCCCGCAUCGGGGCUAGUGUGACCCUGGCUGUAGCCCAGGAAGGGCCUGGGCCCCUGCCCUCCAGGGGAAGCCCCAGGACAAUCACCUGCCACUGAGAUGCCCUCACACUGGCCCGAGCCUUGCACCUGAGCGCCCUAGGGCAAGCUGGGAGUGGCCGGAAGUGACCGCACCUGGCAAACAUGCGGAGGUCCUCGGGGUUCUGGGCCGCAGGCACGCUGAGGAUGGCCGCCCGCUCGUGCUCCGCCAGGCUGGCCAGCAGGCUCUCCGUCAUCCUCUUGUCCAGAGGUGAGUCCCCGCUGGGGAGCAGCUCUGCGCUGGAGUUGUCCAUGCUGGGGCUGGUGAGGGUCAUGUCAUCGCUGCUGGCUGUGGAGGGCGCGGUCAGGCAGGACACCCUGGCCUCAGCCCCACCUGCACCCAGAGUGUCCUGCCCCUGCCCGCACAGCCUACGGGAGCCUCGUACUCGGUGAGCCAAAGCUGAGGGCGUUGGGUGUGCUGAGGCUGCGGCCCCCGCCCCGCGCAGCAAAGGGCGCGUCGUCCUCCCGGGGGCGGGCUGGGGCCUGGCUGGGCGGGGCCAUCAGGCGCACGUAGGUGUGCAGCUGCACGAGGAGCCGGUGCUGCAGCAGCCACACCACCAUCUGGAUGAGCUGCGUCUGCAGGAACAGCAGCGGAGGCCUCACACCCACCCUCCCCUGCCGUGCACCCUACACCCUGCGCACCCCCACGCUGGCCACUGCUGGGAGAGCCCCGUCACCAGCUCAGGGUGCCUGCAGGCCGGCCACUCUCCGGCACUGGGGCAGCAGCAGGGGCAGC